AAUUAUCAUUUUAUCUUUUAGGAUUGAAGUUUUCAUGAUGGAAGUUCUUUCUGUCAUUGCAAAGCGUACGAAGUUGGCCUCUAUCCACCAGCUAUGUAACCAAUGUUACAGGAAUCUCAACAAAGUCGGGAUACUGAGAAGAGCUUUACAGACUGGCGAGGUUGGGAGACAAAUCUGUUCUUCAAAUGAAGGUCUAAAUCAUCAAGGAAUUUCAGCUUUGAAUGGGUCAAAGAUGUCUGGUCGUAGUCUUGUGUUGGUCAAAGGUCGCGAUGCUUCUGACCUCCUCCAGGGUUUGAUGACCAAUGACAUAGAACAGCUCAACAAGGAGGGAGGUCAAGAUGUCAUCUAUUCCAUGUUUCUGAAUAAACAAGGCCGAGUUCUGUAUGAUGUCUUAUGCUACCAGUGGAGCAGAGAUGAGAGCGAUGAGAUGCUGUCGUUUGUUUUAGAAUGUGAUAGCGCCAUCUCACAAGAAUUACAAAAGCAUCUCAAAAUGUACAGGAUAAGAAAGAAGGUGGAUAUCACAUCCUUGGAUUCAGAGUACCAGGUUUGGUCCAUCUUUAGUCCAGGUACCACUCCUAGUCCAGGAGCUAAGUCUGGUCAGUCUCUUUCAUUCACCGACCCCAGGGUCAGUGGCUUAGGUCGAAGGGUCAUCGUGCCCCGUGACGGUCAAGUCCCUGACGUAGAAGAGGUUAGCGAAGACCACUACAGGACCCAUCGUUAUCAGUGGGGCGUGGCUGAAGGGGUCGACGAGCUUCCACCGGGUGAAUGUCUCCCUCUGGAGUCCAACCUUGCUUACAUGAAUGGAGUGAGUUUCACAAAGGGUUGCUAUUUGGGCCAGGAACUGACUGCUAGGACACAUCAUACAGGUGUCAUUAGGAAGAGGAUUAUGCCAAUCCAGUUUACAGGGAAUGCAGUACCUACUAUCCCAGCUGGUACGAGCAUCAAGACUUCUGAGGGGAAGAACGUGGGUAAAUUAAGAUGUCACCUGCAUCAGAAUGGACUUGCCCUCCUGAGGACAGCUCUUAUAGGUAACAAACUUCAGAUCAGCACAGCAGAUGGAGGGGAAGCCGAGCUAGAAGCGAAGAGACCGUCAUGGUGGCCGGAGGACAUCAACAAAUGAAAGGACGGACGUUCCUUUAAUACAGACUUUCAAGCAUUGGACGUGUAUAGGUUCUUCACCCUGUACCAGGUGUUGUUAAUCACGCUGAGUGGAAACAUGCUUCAGCAUCUUUUGGAAUGGGAUGCAUUUACUGAUCGGGUCUUUAACCCUCGGCUUUCAUGUGAAUCAGACACCUACGCCUAUAAUGGUCAUUUCCGAAUAAGAGACUUGAAUGCUGUUAAUCAUCCAGUAUGAAAAUAAUGGAAUGUU